AUGAGAAUUGCAUUAAACACAUCUUUACUUUCGUUAGCUAUCUCACGUUCCUUUUCCCAGAGUCCAUACAUGAGUCCUGUAUUAUCUCCCUUGCAAAAGAACUUACUGAUUUCAAAAUCCAGGUUUCAAUAUUUUUCUUCCAAUCUUUUAAGUACCUCAUCAAAGCGCCUUAAUCUUAAGGUAGAUCAUUCUCUUUUCAAAGCUUUUUCUCGCACAGCAGUAAGUAUUAACUCAGAAUAUCCAGAUCAACCCACAGAUUAUUCUGAUUCAAGCUUGAGAGAUGGAUCCGUUACUUCAUUCGAUUAUAGUGCUUUCGUAUCCUGCCAUAGCCUCAAUGCUGAGGAUUCCUGGAGUGCCAAAUCCGGAGGAGCUGUUUAUUUCAAUUCAAACACAAACCCUAUCAAUUUUACACACUGCAGCUUUACUGAUUGUUAUUCUGCAAAGUAUGUUGGCGUUUUAUAUCUUUAUGCCUCCAAGAUUACCGUUUUGUAUAAUUGUUUCAACGGUUCAAAGGCUGCAAAAAGUGGAAGUGUUUCGUACAUUCGACCAACCGACUCACUCACAAUGAAGGGCAACAGUAUCAUCAAUAGCCAAGCAUCAAACGCCAUUACCCAAAUGAUCCGCUUUGAUGUUUCCAAAGUUACUAGUAUUUCCGAUACAAACACAUCCAGUUGCACAUGUGCAGGUCAAUCUUCUGGCAUGGAAGUCUAUGGCUGCAUUUCCAAACACUUUCAAUUUACCUAUAACACAUUUUGUGAAAACUCUGGUAAAUCAACCCUGACCAUUGUUAAGGAAUCAGGUGAUGUUGUUGAUAGCUGCAACUUCCAAGAUAACAAACAAGCAACUACGGGUAUUGUUUUCUUUUUAGCUGAAGAAUCUACGGAUUCAUUAGUUAUUAGGAAUUCUUAUUUCUCACCUUCAACAUACUUGAACUUCAAUUCUAACAUGGGUUCCAUUAUCAACGAAAGUACUGAAAACAGCUAUGUCUCUGAUCAUCAAGUUUCCUCCUUCUGCUUCUAUGCAUUCACUUAG